AUGGCCCCAAAGAAGGAAGUAGCCAGAGAUGCAGAUGGAGAGGAGCAAUAUGGCAUCUAUGCAGGCUCGAUUUACUCGGUUUCUGGGCCCGUCGUGGUGGCAGAGAACAUGAUUGGUGUUGCUAUGUACGAAUUGGUUCAAGUCGGUCACGAUAACCUCGUCGGCGAAGUCAUUCGAAUCGAAGCGGACAGAGCUACAAUCCAAGUAUACGAGGAGACGGCUGGUGUUACUGUCGGAGACCCUGUCGUUCGAACCGGAAAGCCCUUGUCUGUCGAAUUGGGACCUGGUUUGAUGGAAACUAUUUAUGAUGGUAUUCAGCGGCCUCUCAAAGACAUUGCGGACAAGUCGAAGAGCAUUUACAUCCCUAAGGGUAUUUCUGCGCCAGCUUUGAACAGAGAAAAGAGCUGGGAUUUCAAGCCUUUGAUGAAGGUCGGAGAUCAUAUCACUGGUGGAGACAUCUGGGGUACUGUUUACGAAAACUCUCUACUGGACGACCACAGGAUCCUGCUUCCACCCAGAGCCAGAGGUACAAUCACUCGAAUUGCGGAAAAGGGGAGCUACAAGGUCGACGAGAAGAUUUUGGAGGUUGAAUUCGAUGGCAAAAAGACCGAGUUCAGCAUGAUGCAUGAGUGGCCGGUGCGCGUUCCUCGCCCUACCACCGAGAAACUUGCAGCGGACAAGCCCUUCGUUGUCGGUCAGCGUGUGUUGGAUGCUCUCUUCCCCAGUGUUCAAGGAGGGACCGUCGCCAUUCCCGGAGCUUUCGGCUGCGGUAAAACCGUCAUUUCACAAUCCGUAUCCAAAUUCUCGAACAGCGAUAUCAUCAUCUACGUAGGAUGCGGAGAACGUGGCAAUGAAAUGGCUGAAGUCUUGAUGGAUUUCCCGGAGCUAUCCAUUGAUGUUAAUGGACGAAAGGAGCCAAUCAUGAAGCGUACCACGCUCAUUGCCAAUACCUCGAAUAUGCCUGUUGCUGCUCGAGAAGCUUCUAUUUACACUGCUGUCGCCGAGUACUUCCGUGAUCAAGGCAAGGACGUUGCCAUGAUGGCUGAUUCUACGUCUCGAUGGGCUGAGGCUCUUCGAGAAAUUUCUGGUCGUUUGGGAGAAAUGCCUGCUGAUCAAGGUUUCCCUGCAUACUUGGGUGCUAAGCUUGCUUCUUUCUACGAACGUGCUGGAAAAGUCCAAGCUCUUGGUAGCCCCAAUCGUGAAGGAAGUGUCAGCAUUGUCGGUGCCGUCAGUCCUCCUGGUGGUGAUUUCUCAGAUCCCGUGACUAGUAGUACGCUUGGUAUCGUGCAGGUCUUCUGGGGUCUCGACAAGAAGCUCGCUCAACGAAAACAUUUCCCCUCAAUAAACACCUCAGUCAGCUACAGCAAGUACACCAACGUUCUCGACAAGUACUAUGAGAAGGAUUACCCCGAAUUCCCUCGACUUCGAGACCGUAUCAAGCAGCUGCUCUCCGAUUCUGAGGAAUUGGACCAGGUCGUGCAAUUGGUCGGAAAGUCCGCUUUGUCCGAUCCCGACAAGAUCACUCUCGAUGUGGCUGCUUUGAUCAAGGAAGAUUUCUUGCAACAGAAUGGUUAUAGUGAUUACGACCAAUUCUGUCCCAUCUGGAAGACUGAAUGGAUGAUGAAGGCAAUGAUGGGUUUCCACGAUGAGGCACAGAAGGCUGUUGCUCAAGGUGCCAACUGGAACAAGGUUCGAGAAGCUACUGGUGAGCUCCAAUCGCAGCUCCGAAGCAUGAAAUUCGAGGUUCCUAGCGAGGGUGAGGAGGUGAUCACGAAGAAGUAUGAGGAUUUGGUCCAAGCUAUGACUGACAAGUUUGCCUCUGUCACUGAUGAGUAG